AAUUAGUCAUUGUAGCUACCCUCUUCUCUACGACACCGUUCUUUCUUCUUCUUCUUCUUGUUAACGUUUUCGGUGUUUUGUUCUCCAGUCCCAUUUACCAUGACUAAACAACACGCUAAUUGGUCUCCAUAUGACAACAAUGGAGGAUCUUGUGUUGCAAUUGCCGGAUCGGAUUACUGUGUUAUCGCAGCAGAUACGAGGAUGUCCACCGGUUACAACAUCCUCACUCGCGACUACUCCAAAAUUUCUCAUCUAGCUGAGAAAUGUGUGAUGGCUUCUUCUGGUUUUCAAGCUGAUGUGAAGGCUUUGCAGAAGGUUUUGUCUGCUAGGCAUUUGACAUAUCAGCAUCAACACAACAAGCAAAUGAGCUGCCCUGCAAUGGCUCAGUUGCUUUCAAACACACUUUAUUACAAACGCUUCUUUCCUUAUUAUUCCUUCAAUGUGUUGGGCGGCCUUGACAGCGAAGGAAAGGGAUGUGUCUUCACAUAUGAUGCUGUUGGUUCCUAUGAGAGGGUGGGAUAUAGCUCUCAGGGCUCUGGAUCCACACUCAUUAUGCCUUUUCUUGAUAACCAACUGAAGUCCCCUAGCCCACUCCUCUUACCAGCCCAGGAUGCUGUUACUCCACUGUCUGAAACAGAAGCAGUUGAUCUGGUGAAAACUGUUUUUGCAUCUGCAACUGAGAGAGAUAUAUACACUGGGGAUAAGGUUGAAAUUGUCAUCCUAAAUGCCAGUGGUAUUCACCGUGAAUUCAUGGAUCUAAGGAAAGACUGAUGCUUUUACAGAGAAGUUUAUGUUCAUGAUAGACUUGUACUAAGAAUGUUUGGAGUGCUCCUAAAUUCUGAAUGUGGUCUAGGGUUUUUCCUGCAAAGCACUAUUGAGAAAUGCUUUCCAAUUUGAAGUAUUGCUAGUCUGCUCACAUUGUAACUACACCUAACUUUUACUUUAUAUAUCUGCAUUGAAUCUUAUCAUGGAAUGUUAUCAGAGCCCAUUUCUUAAACAUCAUUUAAGUCUAUUGUGUUGAAAAAUGAAUAGCAUAAAAAAUGGUUAUUUUGAUCUUUA